AUGGAAUUGUCGGACAACGAGGAUGACGAGGAUGACGAAAGUUCACGCCUCCCAUUUGAUCCACUAGGAACAGAAGAUCAACUUCCACCAAUGUCAGAACGUCUCUCGUGCAAUACACACUUCUGUUACCUCUGCUCAAGCUGGCUCUUCGAAUCCAACCCGUACAGCCACUUCAACGAUCCGAAAGGUAGUUGCUACAUGCGUCUUUGGGAAUUGGAAGAAGGUCACGAUUCCGGACCCGGCGGACCAGAUUGGAAUCUCGCCGCGGCACAGAUGCAAGCUGAAGUGGAUAGCGAUGAUGACAGCGAAGACCUCGAGCAGGAAAUCGCCGCUGAAACCGGCAACAACGGCCAGGGGGCGAAUAACUACAACUGGGGCCGAAAUCAACGUCCACCUCCGCCAGCACACGCUCCUCCAAACGCAGCACGAUUUCGAGCACCACCCCCUGCACCGGUGCCUCCUGGUGCUCAUGCCAACCAGCAAAAUGGCCGUCGUCCAGAUGAUGCAGCUAGGGCUGCGGCCGCGGAGCGGCAAUUACAGGUUCAAGCAAUGGCUGAAGCGCGAGCUCUGCAACAUAACCCGCCCAAUGCGCUACCGCCCCUGAGGCAGAUGGCCGGGUUACAGCGAUUUUUGGAACUGGUGCAGAAUGACCAGGAAGAUGAGUGGGACAGUGAUGAGCUAGAUUUUUGA